UAGGGUAAUGACUCUGUCACUCAGUUCCGUUGCUAUAGCGAAAGGCGGGGCGCAAGUGGAAUUUGUCUCUGGCACUUAUAGGUAGUUUGGCUGCAGUGGGAUAUAGAAAGGCGAGACCGGGCAAUUUAGAGCGCCGCACAGCGGCCUUAACCACUACCGUCUGCAACCUACUUUGUGCCCUGCUUCGCCCACUAAAGCUUCGUGUGGGGCCUAUUUCACACUUAAGGUCUUCUCCAUAUCAGUGGGCUGGGAAAAUGAAGAUGAUAGUGGAUUUCGAGGAGUGCCUAAAGGAUUCGCCUCGCUUCAGGGCAUCUUUAGAAGAUGUUGAAGGCGAUGUGGCCGAGUUAGAAAUGAAGCUUGAUAAGCUGGUGAAGCUUUGCAUUGGAAUGAUUGAUGCUGGAAAAGCUUUUUGUGCUGCCAAUAAGCAGUUUAUGAAUGGAAUUCGGGACCUUGCCCAGUAUUCUAGCAAAGACUCUGUGAUUGAAAGCAGCUUGACAAAGUUCGCAGACAGUUUACAGGAGAUGAUAAAGUACCAUGCAAUGUUAUUUGACCAAGCCCAACGAUCAAUCAAAACACAGCUUCAAACAUUCGUUAAAGAAGAUCUUAAAAAAUUUAAAGAUGCCAAAAAGCAAUUUGAUAAAGUCAGUGAGGAAAAAGAAAACGCUUUGGUGAAAAAUGCACAGGCUCAAAGAACCAAACAACAUGAAGUAGAGGAAGCAACUAACAUUUUGGUAGCAACUCGGAAAUGCUUCCGACACAUUGCACUGGAUUAUGUUCUGCAGAUUAAUGUACUCCAAUCAAAACGAAGGUCUGAAAUUUUAAAGUCUAUGUUAUCCUUCAUGUAUGCCCACCUGACCUUCUUUCAUCAGGGCUAUGAUCUUUUCAGUGAGCUGGAACCACAUAUGAAGGACCUGGGUGCACAGUUAGAUAACCUUGUUGGUGAUGCUGCAAAGGAAAAAAGAGAUAUGGAAAUUAAACAUUCAACAAUUCAGCAAAAGGAUUUUGCUGACGAUGACACCAAACUUGAAUGUAAUGUUGAUACAACAAGUGGGAUUGUUAUGGAAGGAUACCUCUUUAAACGAGCCAGCAAUGCCUUCAAAACAUGGAACAGGAAAAAGCCAGACCACACCAGGCGCUGGUUUUCAAUACAGAAUAAUCAGCUAGUUUACCAGAAGAAAUUUAAGGAUAAUCCAACUGUAGUUGUUGAAGAUUUGCGACUUUGCACAGUGAAGCCGUGUGAAGAUAUAGAACGGCGUUUCUGCUUUGAGGUGGUUUCACCAACCAAAAGCUGCAUACUGCAGGCCGACUCUGAUAAACUGCGACAGGCAUGGAUCAAAGCUGUUCAAACCAGCAUUGCCACAGCUUAUAGAGAAAAGGGAGAUGAAGCUGAGAAAGCUGAGAAGAAGCCAUCAGUUUCAAUUACUAGUCCAGAAUCUGAAACAAAAGAGAAUCUAGUUAAAGGGGAGAGCGCACUUCAACGGGUUCAGUGUAUUCCUGGCAAUACAAAUUGCUGUGACUGUGGGCUUUCAGAUCCCCGCUGGGCUAGUAUCAAUUUGGGCAUUACCUUAUGCAUUGAGUGUUCAGGAAUACACAGGAGUCUUGGGGUACACUUCUCCAAAGUGAGAUCACUAACUCUAGACACAUGGGAACCUGAGCUUCUAAAGCUAAUGUGUGAAUUGGGAAAUGAUGUAAUGAACAGUAUAUAUGAAGCUCGAGUGGAAAAAAUGGGUGUCCGAAAACCUCAGCAUGGUUGUCAAAGACAGGAGAAAGAAGCAUAUAUCAAGGCUAAGUACGUGGAAAAAAAGUUUGUGGAUAAGUACUCUGACUCUUCACUAAUGGUCUACAAGAGAAGCCCUUCCCUGAGCAAGGCGGACCGUCUCAGCUCAGAGCCACUGACAAGAACGCCGUCCAAGAGUUCAGUGAAAAGCAAUGACAGUGGGAUACAGUUUAGUGCCGAGGUUAGCCGGGAAGGUUUAGCGGUAACUGCAUCUUCCAACAGUCUGUUUGAUCAAGAUGGGGAGAAGAAAGAUGACAAGCAAGAUUCUUCAGCAUUUCAGGAACUAAAUGUUAAGAAGCUUCUUCCUGGGCCUCAGUUAUUCCAAGCUUCCUAUGAGGGAAAUCUUCCAGGCAUGGCUGAGGCAUUAGCGCAUGGAGCUGAAGUGAACUGGGUGAACACAAAAGGCAACAAUGCCACACCACUUAUACAAGCUGUGCAUGGGGGUUCUUUAGUAACCUGUGAGUUCCUGCUUCAGAAUGGUGCCAAUGUUAAUAAUCGUGAUAUUAAAGGAAGAGGGCCACUGCAUCAUGCAACGCUGCUUGGCCACACAGGGCAAGUUUGCUUGUUUCUAAAGCGAGGAGCAAACCAGCAUGCAAGUGAUGAAGAUGGGAAAGACCCUUUAACUAUUGCAAUAGACGCAGCUAAUGCUGAUAUAGUAACACUAUUGCGGUUGGCACGUAUGAAUGAAGAGAUGCGCGAAUCGGAAGGACUUUACGGACAGCCAGGGGAUGAAACAUACCAGGACAUUUUCAGAGAUUUUUCGCACAUGGCAUCUAACAACCCUGAAAAAUUGAACCGUUUCCAUCAGUCAGAUUCUCCAAAGUCUUGAUUACUGUUCAAAAUUUGUCAUAUUGCUGUAUACCAAGCUAAUGUCAUUAUGUUGGGAGGGAUAUUUGAAAGAUUAGGUCAUAUGUUUCCAACGUGGCAGCCAAAGGCACUUGGGGGAAAGGUGCAAAUGCUGUAAAAGAUUUUUGUAUGGUGCUGUAGAAUCACGUGGAAUGCACAUCCGUUAAUCAACUUUUGCUGUAUUAAUCUCUUUCCAGCCCUGCUGUGACUUAUUAAAAUCAAACCCCCUUGCAUAAUAUUAGCCAGAUUAGCAUUUUUAAGGUACAAAGUGGACCAAUAGUCAGAAAUAAAUUGCACACUCAAUAAAUGACACUGCCAUUAAAAGUUGGUAGUAUAAUCAACAUCAUUCCACUUAUGUCUUAGAUACCAUGCAGAAAUGGCAUGCCUAAAAUGCAAGACUCUUAAAGCAUUGUCAUUAGCUACAGAAGAGUAUAUUGUGUACUGCAUUAUUUCUGCUGAGAGACUUGGAAAGAACACAGUUGUCAGUACUGUAAGAUAACUAAAAUUCAUUAUCAAUCUUAAACCAGAAAUUGUUUUGAUCCAUUUCCUU